AUGGCUCCAGCUCUAUUUUCCUCAACACAUUGCUUAUCACCAUACGGUGGUGCCUUACAUGAAAAAACUGCAAACUUAUCGUCGACGCAACUUCCCGUUCAACAACAAAAAAUGUUUAACCGUUCGACUUCAAAAUUUACAACUCUGAAUUUUAAAUCCGAAGAAAACAUUUUAUUAAAAGAUACCCCCAGUAAACCUCUUGUGACAGCAUCUGAAAACAAAUAUAUGAUAAAACCAUCAUCAAAAACACCACCUUCAAAUUACAGUAACUUUCGUCAACGUUCUAUUAAUUGGACAAAAAAUAAUAUAAUAACUCCCGCCUUAAACUCUGCCCCAUUAAGAAAAACUUUUUCUUCACAAAAUAUUAAACAGACAAAUACUUUUGAGGAAAUAUUGAGUACUACACAUAGAACUGAGAGAGAAGUUAAGGCAUCAUUGGCUAAAUUGAGACGAAUGAUUCUUGAUGAUGGAUUACCCGAUGAGAACCUACCAAAAUUGGAUCCUUCGGUUCAAAAUCUAAUAAGACCCACAUCUCUUCGUUCAAGGAUAUGGAAACACUUUCUUGGAGUCUAUCACGUAUCUGCUAAUGAAUAUGUUGGCCUUAUAAAAAAGAAGGAAUCUUGUGUGUAUGAUAAAAUCCGUAAUGAUACUUUCAGGACAUUAGCCACUGAUGAGAAAUUUUUAAAGAGAGUUAAUGAAGACAUGUUGAUUCGCGUUUUAAAUGCUCUUGUAUGGAAGAAUGCGUGCUUUUCAACGUAUGGCAAUCAACAGAUCACCUACGUUCAAGGAAUGAAUGUUCUUGCUGCGCCAUUCUUAUUUACCAUGUCAGAAAUCGAUGCGUUCUUCUCUUUUGCAACAUUUAUUCAGACUUGCUGCCCUUUAUAUGUAACUCCUACUUUACAAGGAGUUCAUUGUGGAUUAAAGAACCUUACUGCGGAAAUAUAUGCAUUAUCAUCUGUGCUUACACUUUGCGCCUGUACUCCACCUCUCGAGCAAGUAUUAAAAUUAUGGGAUUUCUUGCUUGCUUAUGGAAUUCAUUUGAAUAUUUUAUGCGUUAUUGCACAGCUUAUUUUGAUGAGGGAACAAUUAUUGGAAGCAAAAAGUCCGAUGAAACUUUUGAGAACUAUGCCAGAGUUAGAUGCCAAACCCGUUAUAAAUUUGACUGUACGACUUGUUCAGCAGAUUCCUGAUAAAUUAUACGAUUUGCUUGUUAGACAUCCAUAUGAUCCUUCCGUUGAAAGUGCUCUUUGA